AUGUACCUGUGGAUGCUGGAAAAGAGCAGGGACAAGUGGAGCAAAAAAAUGGAUUUUCUCCUCUCGGUCGUGGGAUUCGCCGUCGAUCUGGGCAACGUCUGGCGGUUCCCUUACAUCUGCUACCAAAACGGAGGGGGAGCCUUUCUCAUUCCCUACACACUGAUGGCUGUUUUUGGAGGGGUGCCCCUCUUCUACAUGGAGCUGGCCCUGGGGCAGUUCCACAGGACAGGAGCCAUUCCCAUCUGGAAGCGCAUCUGCCCCAUCUUUAAAGGCAUUGGCUUUGCCAUCUGCAUCAUCGGCCUCUACGUCUCAUUCUACUACAACACCAUCAUUGCCUGGGCUCUCUAUUACUUCUACUCGUCCUUCUCCAGCACGUUGCCCUGGGCAAGCUGUGACAACCCCUGGAACACACCCCACUGCACCAACUACUUUGGGAGGAACAAUGUCACCUGGACCAACUUCUCCAGGUCCCCCACUGAAGAGUUUUAUACGAGGAAGGUCCUGGAGAUCCAGAAGUCCAGGGGUCUGUAUGAUGUGGGGGGGAUCCGCUGGCAGCUGCUCUUCUGCCUCUUCCUCAUCUUCACCAUAGUCUACUUCAGCCUGUGGAAAGGGGUGAAAACCUCUGGGAAGGUGGUUUGGGUGACAGCCACACUGCCCUACAUUGUCCUCCUCAUCCUGCUGGUCCGGGGGGCCACCCUGCCCGGUGCCUGGAGAGGGGUUGUCUUCUACCUGCGCCCAGACUGGAGCAAGCUCCUGAGCACCACGGUUUGGGUUGAUGCUGCUGCGCAGAUUUUCUUCUCCUUGGGCCCUGGCUUUGGUGUCCUCCUUGCCCUGGCCAGUUACAACCAUUUCCACAACAACUGCUACCGGGACGCGCUGGUCACCAGCACAGUGAACUGCCUCACCAGCUUCCUCUCGGGCUUUGUCAUCUUCACCGUGCUGGGCUACAUGGCUGAGAUGAGGGACGUGGAGGUGGAGGAUGUCGCUAGAGAUAAAGGGCCAAGCCUCCUUUUCAUCACCUACCCUGAAGCCAUUGCCAACAUGGUGGGAUCCACCUUCUUCGCCAUCAUCUUCUUCCUGAUGAUGAUAACGCUGGGGCUGGACAGCACGUUUGGGGGCUUGGAGGCCGUGAUCACGGCCGUGAUGGACGAGUACCCCCAGGUCCUGGCUGGGCGACGGGAGCUCUUCGUCCUCGGCCUCAUCACGGUCUGUUUCCUGGGCUCCCUGAGCACCCUCACCUAUGGGGGAGCUUACGUGGUGAAGCUGCUGGAGGAGUUUGGUGCUGGCUGCUCCAUCCUGGCUGUGGUGCUGCUGGAGACAAUUGCUGUCUCCUGGUUUUAUGGAAUCCAGCGGUUCUCCCACGAUGUGAAAGCCAUGCUGGGCUUCACCCCAGGGGUGUUCUGGAAGCUGUGCUGGGUGGCCAUCAGCCCUGCCUUGCUGGCGUUCAUAGUUAUCAGCUCCCUCCUGGACCAGCCACCUCUGAUGCUCUUUGACUACCAGUACCCUGAGUGGAGCAUCUCAGUGGGAUCCCUCAUCGGAGCAUCGUCCUUCAUCUGCAUCCCCUUCUACAUGGUGUACAGGCUCGUCUGGACGCCGGGGUCUCUCAAGCAGCGUCUCGCCCUCUGCAUUCGGCCGGAGAAAACCACACGAGACCCCCAGGCAGACACAGUGCCCAUGUCACCUGUCCUGUAG